AUGUCGUGCUCUGGCUGCUCGAAUGCAGUCAACAAAGCGUUGAACAAACUCGAAGGCGUCGACAAGGUCGACAUUAGUUUGGCAGAUCAGACAGUGGUCGUCGAGACCAGCCGAACACAUGAUGAAAUCUUUGAAGCGAUCAAAAAUACCGGAAAAGCUGUAACACCGGCAUCAUGA